ACCCCAGGGUACUGGAUCGCUUUCAUUAUUUAAUACCAGGCACCCCGCGCGAAAAGCCGAAAGGCUUUUCCUCUCUCCUUUUCUCGGGAUGCUACGUAGCUUGCUCAUCAUGAUUUCUCCGGCUGUCCUUGCGCUGUGCGUUGGCUUUUACAUCUUUUCUACCUUCGCCGAUUUAAGUUGCGCAACGCCGAUUAGACGCCAUUCGUCUUACCCAUGGCUGAAUCAAGGCUCUGGUAGGCCUGAUUCUGGCCAGGAGGUUGAUGCUUGGGCGAGACAAGAUGAUCGACUGGGUGCGGUGGCGAGUGAGAGCUCCAUAUGUAGCGGAUUUGGGGUUGAUAUGCUGAAGCUGGGUGGAAAUGCUGCCGAUGCUAUGGUAGCCACAGUCUUUUGUGUCGGAGUAGUUGGAAUGUACCAUAGUGGCAUUGGCGGUGGAGGAUUCAUGCUUAUUCGAUCGCCGGAUGACACAUAUGAGUUCGUCGACUUCCGCGAGACGGCCCCUGCAGCGGCCUUCCAGGACAUGUACAACAACAACACCGAUGCUUCGAUUUUCGGUGGCCUAGCAAGCGGUGUCCCUGGUGAAGUUCGGGGACUUGAAUAUCUGCACAAGAAGCAUGGGCUUCUUCCAUGGCGCCUCGUGAUGCAGCCCGCUAUCCACACUGCCCGUUACGGAUUUCCCGUCACCGAAGAUUUAGUCCGUUACAUGAGAGAGGCCACUGAAGGAAAAGAAGACUUCCUGACAAACAACCCGACUUGGGCGCUGGAUUUUGCUCCUAACGGUACACGACUUGGACUUGGAGACACUAUCACACGAAAACGAUACGCAAAUACCCUCGAAACGAUUGCCAACUAUGGUGCCGACGCGUUCUAUUCCGGUGCUAUUGCGGAGACCAUUAUCCAGGCUCUCCACGCACAGAAUGGCACGAUGACCUUGGAGGACUUGAAGAAUUAUACGGUCGAUAUCAAGGAAACUGCGCAGAUAGAUUAUAGAGGAUUCAAAGUCACGAGUACAUCUGCUCCAUCAAGUGGUGCAAUUCUUUUGAGCACUUUGAAUAUUCUAGAAGGUUAUGAUGAUUUUUUCGCCCAAGGAACUACGGAUCUGAGCACUCAUCGUUUAGAUGAAGCAAUUCGAUUCGCAUACGGUCAAAGAACACAUAUGGGAGAUCCGCGCUUCGUCGAAGGACUUGGUGAGUUCCAGCAGGAUAUACUGAAUAAAUCCGUCUCCGCUCAGAUUCGCGGUAAAAUCUUGGAUGAGCGCACUCAGAAUAUCUCUGCAUACGAGCCAUCCGGCUUUGAGAUUCUUGAAACUCCCGGAACAUCUCAUAUUUCCUCUGCCGACCGCAACGGCCUCGCUAUCUCUCUAACCACAACUGUCAACCUCUACUUCGGCAGCAAAGUCAUGGUCCCUGAAACCGGCAUAAUCAUGAACAACGAAAUGAAUGAUUUCUCCAUCCCAGGUUCCGACAACGCUUUCGGCUACCGCCCUUCCCCAGCUAACUACAUUCGCCCCGGAAAACGCCCACUCUCAUCCAUUUGCCCAACCAUCGUCACCCAUCCCAAUGGGACGAUGUAUUUCAUCACCGGUGCUGCCGGUGGGUCUCGUAUCAUCACUUCUACCCUCCAAAGUGUCAUCAACGUUCUCGAUCGCCAUAUGACUGCUCCACAAGCCCUCGCUGAACCACGUCUACACGAUCAGCUUGUCCCGAACCUAACAGAGGUUGAAUGGUCUUUUGACAACUCCACGGUGGAGUUCUUGAUCGACCGCGGACACAAUAUCACCAGGGUUGAGCACGCAUCGAGCACGGUGCAAUCUAUCAGAGUAUUGUCGAAUGGGACAUUUGAGGCCGCAGGUGAGCCGCGACAGCUUAACUCUGGUGGGCUAGCGAUUUGAUAAAACGAAAACGGGAAAAAAAGGCUAUCGGGGUUGCAAUUUUGCUUUUAAAAUGCUUUACCCUCCGUAUAGAUCUGGUGUUUCUGCGCCUUGAAUUUGGCGUGAUCAUGACUGUACAUGAAUCC